CAUAAAAUAGUCAUCUUCACAAGAGACUGGUUUACACCAUAAUUAGGAGCGGCCCUAGAAGGUCACAGAUGAAGUCCCAGGCAAAUUGGAUAACUAAAAUCCUAAACUGGUAAAAAGACUUUAAAAUAACACUUGGAUUAGUGUUUCAUUCGCAAUGUUUCCAAAAAUAGGAAAUAAUUCAAAAAGUUCUCAGGCAGACAAAUACUUCAGCAUGGUUGACGGGAUUACCAUUCAAAGUAGGGCACUUAAUAUGAGGAGAAUGGAUGCUUUUGGUCACAUUAAAGUGUUUUUCAAAGAACUAUUAAGAAGGACCAACGAGGAUAUCAAUAUCAGUGUCUGAUGAAGGAGCCAAGCUGCCUCUGAAAAUCCACCCACUGGUGUGACUAAUAAUCAACUGAAGUUUUGCUAUCAAAAUAAUCCAAUUUAUUUUUAA